AUAAACAACGAUUCAACGACACAGUCGAGACUCUGAAGAGAAGCGAAAAGCUUGAGCUAAGCAUCAAUGGCGGCGAAGGACGAACCGAAGAAGAGGAAACGAAUUUCAGACAGUAAAGGAGACGGAGAGAAAUCGAAUCCGCAGAAGAAGAAAUUUCCUUCGAAUCCUCCAAACAAGGGUUUGAAGAAACCUUUCAAAUCAUCCACACAACACCAUAAAUUUAAAUCACCGAUAGAGAAACCCAAGGAGGAGGCCCCGAAAUCGAAACGAGAACGUCGUUUACAAGCAAAGGAGCUAGUGGAGGCUAGGAAGAAGAAGAGGAAGCCACAUUACACUCUUGAACAAGAACUUGCGUCAAUGUGGGAAAAGAUGAGGCGCCGUAAUAUUUCCAAAGAAGAUAGAUCCAAGAUGGUGACUGUAGCCCUAGAGAAGAUGAAGGGGAAGAUUCCUGAUAUUGCAGGCUCACAUGUCUCUUCUCGUGUUCUGCAGACUUGUAUAAAGUACUGCUCACAAGCUGAAAGGGACACUGUAUUUGAGGAGCUUCGGCCACAUCUUCUCACCCUUGCUCGUAAUAGUUAUGCAGUCUAUCUGGUGAAGAAAAUUUUAGAUAACGCUUCAAAAAAACAGGUGGCAGAAUUUAUUUCCUCCCUCCAUGGGCAUGUUGCUUCACUUCUUCGGCAUAUGGUUGGCUCUGUUGUUGUUGAACAUGUAUAUCAGCUGGGUAAUGCAACUCAAAAACGUGCUAUUCUGAUGGAAUUAUAUUCGACCGAGCUUCAGUUGUUUAAAGAUCUUGUCUCAAUGAAAGAGAGCAGUGUUGUUGACAGGUUAGUAGAUAUAAUUUCUAAGCUAAGCCUGCAAAAGUCUUCAGUCAUACGACACAUGGGAUCUGUAUUGCAACCAAUUUUGGAGAAAGGAAUAGUGGACCACUCUAUCAUACACAGGGCGUUGAUGGAAUACUUUAGCAUUGCUGAUCAGUCCUCUGCUGCAGAUAUAAUACAGCAGUUGUCAGGACCCCUCCUUGUUCGGAUGAUUGGUACCAGGGAUGGAUCCAGGAUUGGGAUGCUUUGUGUCAAACAUGGAAGUGCCAAGGAACGAAAGAAAAUCAUCAAAGGAAUGAAAGGCCACAUAGGCAAAAUAGCUCAGGAUCCUUAUGGGAGUAUGGUGCUCGUCUGCAUUCUCUCAGUUGUUGAUGACACAAAACUUAUAAUAAAGAUUGUCAUUCGUGAGCUUCAAGAAAUUCUACAGGAGCUUGUCAUGGAUAAGAAUGGAAGGCGUCCAUUAUUGCAGCUACUUCAUCCCAAUUGUACCCGCUAUUUUACUCCUGAAGAUCUUGCUUCUCUGAAUUUAUCAGUUCCUUCUCUCUGCAACAAGGAUGACGAGGUAGAUUCCAGUUUGGGGAAGCAAAUAAUAUCUUCAGAGGUGACUGAAGCUGGUGAGGGGGACGACAAGAGUGAUACAGAGGAGGCUGCAGAUAAGGCCAACAGAAAUACAGGCCCCGGUGAGAGUGGACAUAUAAUUGAGGGUGGGAAAAAAGAUCCUCUCGUACGAAGACAAGAAUUGUUGAUCAACAGUGGGUUUGCUGAGAGACUCAUUGACACGUGUAAACAGACUGCAGAAACACUGCUUAAAUCAAACUUUGGCAAAGAGGUUAUAUAUGAGGUUGCAACUGGGGGUAAUGGAGGCAUUCUCCAUGCAGCUUUGCGUGAAAAGUUGGACACAUUGCAUGAAGAUAUUGCAUCUCUUGUGGCACAACCUAGAUCAGAGAUACCAGAAGAGGAGCAUCUCCUUGAAAAUUUCCAUUCUAGCAGGACCAUUAGAAAAUUGAUUUUAGAUUGCCCUUCUUUUGCUUCUAUUCUGUGGAAAAAAGCUUUAAAAGGGAAGUGUAGAAUGUGGGCCCAAGGUCACAGUGCUAAGAUAGUUUGCGCAUUCUUGGAAUCCACCGACUCUACUGUACGCAAAAUGACAGAAGAAGAGUUGCAGCCUUUGAUCGAUGGUGGUAUACUGAAAUUACCCAAGGCAAAGCAGUUGGCAAAAGAAGGUUAAGUCACCCAAGGCAGAUGAUCAAGAAACUUUUUUUCUAAGUUAGCAUGGCUUCUGUUAGGUCACAGGCUGAUUCGCCUCUAUCUUACUACAAAUGUUGUUUAAAUGGUGAAUUACUAAAAAGCACUCUGACGGGGUUGGUGGCAGAAGUGAAGUUUUGUAUCGAGUGUUUUCAGAAUGGUUGAAUCCAAUUUUGAGUUACAAAAUUGUGUAGGAGUAAUACGAAUUGAAGGGUUACUGAUUGUCGAUGCAUACUUACAGAAACAUAUAUUUACUGUUUCUUCCAUUUAGUCUAAA